AUGAACCCCACUAAACCUCAACAGCCUGGGUUGUCCCCUCCGAACUUCAACAUGCCAGGCCUUGAAGGGACACCAUGCUUCCCAAACCUUCUUCCAGGCACGACAUUUCCCAGCGGGGCAUCCUCCAAUAAUCAAGCCGCCUUAUUGGCAUGGCUGGUGUCAAUGAUGAACCCUGCUAAUCCUCAACAGCUUGGGACAUCCCCUCUGAACUUUAACUUACCUGGGCCUGGGACAUCAUGCUUUCCAAACCCUCCUCCAGGCAUUGGAGCUCCUGGAGGGGCAUCCUCAAAUAAUCAAGCCGCUUUAUGGGCAUGGCUUGUGUCAAAGACACUGAACAACCAGGGACAUGGCCUCCAAAUCCCCCGAGCUCUGGGAUGUCAUGCUUCCUAA